AUGGCAGACCUCACAGUAGGUUAUGUGUCUGGUAUCAUUGCUGCUGCUGUAUUUCUUGUCCGCCUAUUCGUUCCGACUGUUAUAAGUUUCAUAGUUAUUGGCCAUCUUCCAGAGGAGAAUUCGAUCGUCUCAUGGUCCGUUGUCAGCCGGCUGAUUCAUUCGUCAUAUUGGCCAACGAUACUAGAUUCCGAUACUGCUGCCAGCACAGGGGUCAGUAGAGCGAUCAAGGCUUGCACAUGGCUACAGUUGGGUGCUCUUGGACUUGUUGCAGUAGCUGGAAUCGUAACCCCUUUGGGUUUAUACGACACCAUUGGCCCCAGUGGUUCCCUAACAAAUAUCCCAUUCCGUUAUGUCUCCGAUACAUCGGCCUUUGGAAGAGCUACCCGCUCGAGAGAUGGAUAUCGAUCACUUAGGAUCUGUUACGCCGAUGACGACCCCGAUACUCCGGAGGGAUGUCCUGGCGCACCCUCAAAUAUCAAUGACAUUGAAGACCCUGCUGAGGCAUACUCAAUCUGGCCGAGUAGUGUGGAUUUAUUCACGAGCGGCGAUGUACCGCCGACUGUUUCCAGCAUAUUCGAUCUCCAGUGGCGGUCAUAUCGGUCGACGACCAACUUCGGCUUGAAUUUCAUUUCUAGUGCAUACUCUGAAGGGUAUUACCGGCAAAUCUCGCAGCUAAUCAUGGAGGAAGGAAUCCUAGCGGUUGAGGGGUUGAUUAUUGAUACGAAGGCUGGACGGAUAGCUUCCGGAACCAUACUAUCCCUGUGGAUUGAGUCAUCGAGUACGAUUGAGAACACACGGGACCCAGUCCUGGUUGACCACGGCGGCUUCAGUAGCCUGCCCCUUACGGUCAAUGAGAUAGACACAAGCGAUUUCCAGAAUAAUGCAGCAUUGUAUGACCGUGCGUACAAUGCUGCCUGGAGACACAAUAUGCUCGUCAUGCAGUUCUUCAAUGUAACGACCAACGGAUCAGAUGGACUGGCACCCUUUGCUUAUAUGAACUCGGAUAUCGGAAAGAAGUUCGAUUUGCGCGGCGUAUCCGGCAGCUAUAUUACUCCUGUGACUGUUCAGACAGACAACAGGUAUGCCGGGUUCCUUGAACUCCCGUUUCCUAACAAUUCCGGUGCAGUAACGUCCCUCAGAGAUACCCCUGAGGGCCCUAACCCCGUCAAUCUUACUGCACGCGAUACGUUCGCAAUUGCCCCGGAGGCUUGUCACUACCCUUCGAUCCAGGAUCUGUCUAACCUGUCGUUCGUUGGUGUAUCCUGUGGCACUGUUUUCGCAGCCCCCGGGAGGACUGAUGGGGACCCGCUCAUCCCCGACACAAACAGUACUUGGAGUACUCCAAUUUACUCCUGUGCUGCCGCAGCCAAAGCAGCUAUACGCACGGUCACCUUUAGUUUCAAUGGAACAGGAGAGCUGAACAAGCUUAACGUUGAGAAGAUAGACCAGAAAAGCUACACGGGCUCAUCCAAACCUCCACUCUGGGGUGUCGAGCGAUUAACCAAUCACACGAUGAGAAACGCACGACCUCUAUGGGGCAUCGUGUCGCCCGAUGUAGGCAGUCGUGACGAUAUCUCUUCUCUCCAAAGAGACCAUCUCUGGCUCCCGGGCUACCAAGACUCGUUCAUAUCGGACCUCCAGACCGGACAGCCAGACAUGCCGGGGAACCGAUUUUAUAUGGACAGGCUGCUAUCUCUUUUCGACGUCAAAGAGCUCCAGAAAUCGACUUCUCGGUAUACGGGACUUAACGAUCUGGCUCUAUACAAUAAAUGGUUUGAGCUAUCCAAGUCCCCAGCCGGCAUUGAGCAGAUGCUGAAACUUAUGUGGACUGACAUGGCUGCAAAUACUGUGGUUGGUACGCGUGGCUGGCAUAGCGCCUCCUCGUCCAGGAAUGGAGAGACGUUAUCCAAGCGAGAUAGCGGCGAUGUAAAUGUGCCCGUUCUACUGUGGUCACAAAACAUUGAAUAUCGACUUCUCUACGCUAUUCCGGCCUUUAUACUACUUGCUCUCUGUCUGACACUGGGAGCGUGGAGUAUUUGGCUACUGAUUCGGAGGCGUAUCGGUCUGAAGCAAAUGCGAACGUACCUUGCUCGUACCUCCCCGGGCAGGAUACUCGGACAUGCGCUACAUCCAGAUCAAGGGAGUGUUCUUGCAUCCACUGAUGUUUGGCUUCAACAGAUAGGCUUGCGAACAGCCACGCUUCCAGGGCGGAGGGAAGACGGCGAAAUGCCAUUGCUCGACAUCGAGCGGACGCCAACCCAUGAAGAAGGUGGUUCAGAUAAAACCUCUAAGUAG